AUGGAGAAAGUAAAAGCUUCUCGAAAACAAUAUAGGAGACUGUUUAUGAUUGCCAGCAAUGACUUUUAUAAAACUAAAGCGGAGUUAUCUUCCGAAGAUAAAAUUUCGAAAUUAAAAGUUAUAGAAGAUAAAGCGAAGCUAAUGUUGGCGAGUGAAUAUGAAUUUAGGGAACUUUUAUUUGCUUCCCAAGAGACAGAGAAAAUUAUUGAAGAAGAAAUCGAUGCAUCAGAGGGCUAUAUUGAUAAAUGGAGGAUUUUGGAAAAUGAGUUUGGUGAUUUCAUUAAUGAAAAAAAUGCACAUUCUGAGUUGUCUACUGAUAUCGGAGCUGCAAGUACUGUACAUAAUAAUUUUUUGCACUACCCGAAAAUUAAUUUACCCACUUUCAAUGGAAUUAUCAAGAACUGGUUGUGCUUCUGGGGACAAUUCCAAAAAAUUGACAAGGACGCUAACCUUGAUAAUCAUGACAAAUAUGCAUAUUUAGCUCAAGCCAUGGUGAAAGGUUCAGCCGCUGAUGAACUGAUUAAAAGUUUCUCCCCUGGCGGCGAAAACUAUGAAAAGGCGGUAAAACAGCUACAAUUACGUUACGGAAAAGAGGAGCUUCUCAUCGAAGUUUAUGUGCGGGAUCUGCUAUCUAUUGUGUUAUUAAAAAAUAAGUCACAAAAUAUUUCACUCCGACAACUGUACGAUCAGUUAGAAACCAAACUGAGAGCUCUAGAGACUUUAGGAGUUACGAAAGAUAAAUAUGCUGCAAUGCUUUACCCUCUCGCGGAAUCAGCUCUUCCGUAUGAGACUUUAAAAGCAUGGGAGCGCUUUAGAACUGCACAUUGA